GGCGCUCGUUUCGGCCAAUGGAUUGACAAUUCGCCUCCCGCAAUGGUUGUUGGGAGGUCAUGGCUAUGGCGCCGUCGAUGAGGUACUGCGUCCCAGGCGAACGACUGUGUAACUUGGAGGAGGCCAGCCCCGGCAGCGGCACCUACACGCGGCACGGCUACAUCUUCUCCUCGCUCUCCGGCUGCCUGGUGAAGACGAGCGACAACGGCGAGCUUCCGGUGGUGUCGGUGACGAGAGAGACCGAGUCCCAGCUGCUGCCAGAUGUGGGAACGAUCGUAACCUGCAAGGUCUCCAGCAUUAAUUCUCGCUUUGCCAAAGUACAUAUCUUGUAUGUGGGAUCCACACCACUCAAGAACUCCUUUAGAGGAACUAUCAGGAAGGAAGAUGUUCGAGCUACUGAAAAAGACAAGGUUGAAAUAUAUAAGAGUUUCCGCCCAGGGGACAUCGUGCUGGCUAAAGUGAUUUCCCUAGGUGAUGCACAGUCCAACUACCUGUUGACAACUGCAGAAAAUGAGCUGGGAGUGGUGGUGGCCCACAGUGAAUCAGCAGGUGUCCAGAUGGUACCCAUCAGCUGGUGUGAGAUGCAGUGCCCCAGGACACACACUAAAGAAUUCCGCAAAGUAGCACGAGUACAGCCUGAGUUCCUGCAGACAUAGGUAGCUACAUCCUUUCCCCAUAUUGGGGGCGUCCGUUUCCUGCUAUCCACAUAUGAUCAAAACAAAAAGAACUUGGGCUUACCAGAAACCACAUUUGGAAAUAACUGCCUGAAGCUUCCACUGUAUAUGGAGGAUUAUUCCUGAGCCUUUCACCACAAAUCCCAGAUGGAUUUUCUCUCCCCUUUGAGAUGCCAGCAAAAAAAAACGUCUGAUGUUAGAAGCAGCCAACAAAGUGAUUUCCUAUUCCUUUCCUACUCCUCUGAUAGUGCUGUAAAUGUGGCUUGUUUGUUUUCUUCAGACAAAUAAAGCAUUUUUACUAAAAGA